UACAAGCAGAAAACUAUCAUUGCGCGCCGGAAAGCUUUAUCACAACAUCCAAAAUGCCCGCCCACGUCUCCGUCCUCUACCCGCGCAAGGCGAAGUUCAACAUGGACUACUAUCUCGCGACACACAUGCCGCUCGUCACAAAGCAUUGGACGCAGCACGGUCUCAAGAAGUACACCGUGACGCAAUAUGACGACCCCGAAUCCCCCUACAGCGUAGGCUGCGUGCUCGAGUUCGAGAGCCUCGAGGAGUUCAAGAAGGCGGGCGCUGCGCCCGAGGCCAAAGAAGUAUUUGCUGACAUUGACAACUUCUCCAACGAGAAGCCCUCCAUCGUCGCAGGGGAGGUCAAGGAAGCCAAAUCGACGUCGUAGGCGUGGUGCGGAGUUAAGGUGGGGAUUGAAUGGAGGGGUAGGAAAGUGAGGGGUUGCCGAGGCUUCUUCUCUGCGGCGAAGCCAAAUGCGGCGUGUCUAAACGUCUUACUGUAGCACUCACGAUGGCAAUGACUAUGCGAUGUUGACUCCUCCAU